AUGAUGUUCGAGGACCAACGUAUGUCUGUAGAUUCAACCACACCAAUAAAAGGCGCAGGCAGCUUAAAUUCAUCCGGCUCAUCGAUUUCGAUGGACAUGAAGCCGCUGAACAGUUGGGCCCAAGAGGUUCGCGCCGAGCUGGGACAAAGCGAUGAGGCCUCGUCAUCUUUUAACAGCAGUGCCGGGAGCACAGCUGCUCAAUCAAAACGUGAAAUGACUCUGGAAUUCCUCGACGGCAGCAAUGAGGAGAAGUUUGAGCGUCUAGUCAAGGAAGAGAAAUUAAAAACGCCAUUUAAGCGUCGACACUCCCUAACGCCGCCCACACUCAGCACUGACAAUAGUCGCUCCAACAGUCCAAAUAGCAGCGCUUCGUCCGCAACUAAUGAAGCUAAUCAGCAUGCCAAAACGCAUCACUUCAAGGGUCACAAGGAAGAGAAGCGUGUGCGCCAUAAUAGUUACACCUCAUCAACAUCAUCCUCAUCCUCGUACACAGAGGCAGAUCCGGCCAUUUUGUCCCGCCGUCAGAAGCAAAUCGACUAUGGCAAAAACACAGCUGCCUACGAAAGAUAUGUGGAGACGGUGCCCAAGAAGGAGCGCACUCGCGAACAUCCCAAGACACCAAACAAAUUUGGCAAGUACAGCCGUCGGGCGUUUGAUGGAUUGGUGAAGAUCUGGCGCAAGCAGCUGCAUGUCUAUGAUCCGCCCACAGCAAAGGCUUCAAAUACCUGCGAAGCUGACUCGGAUUCUGACUCAGAUUAGAGCUGUUAUAUUUAUAUUAUGAAUAAACAUAUAUUUAGGGAUAAUUGGGGGGAUAUUGAAACGAUGGUACAAAGUCGGCAAAAGUUAAAA